AUUAGAAUAAUGAAUAUCAUUUUAUUUUUAAUUAAAAGUAAGACAGUAUGUAUGUGUACGUUAUGUCGCCUUUGCAAAAACGCUGGACAUUUUAGCGCCAAAUAAACCGAGCAUAAUCCGUCUCUAAUCUCAUGAAUUACAUAAAACCAUGCACGAGGAAAACCAACGCGUUCAACAACCUUGUCACGCUAACUGCUCCAAAACCUCACAUUCACGUCGACGCCUCCAUCAUCAAGACAGGCUUCGAUCCCAACACAUGCCGUUCCAAUUUCCUUCUCAAGACUUUUCUCCAACGUGGGGAUUUCAUUGCCGCCCGCAAACUGUUCGACGAAAUGCCCCACAAGAACAUAUUCUCCACCAACACCAUGAUCAUGGGUUACAUAAAAUCUGGCAAUCUUUCUAAAGCCAGAACCUUGUUUGACUCCAUGUUUGAACGGACUGCUGUUACAUGGACAAUGUUGAUUGGUGGUUAUGCUCAAGAUAAUAGAUUCCGUGAAGCCUUUAGCCUUUUCGUUGAGAUGGGUAGGCACGGGAUCGACCCGGAUCAUGUCAGUUUGGCUACUCUGUUAUCCGGGUUCACUGAGUUUGAUUCUGUUAAUGAAGUGAGACAAGUUCAUACCCAUGUUAUCAAAUUGGGCUAUGAUUCGACGCUUGUGGUUUCUAAUUCAUUGCUUGACUCUUACUGUAAGACCCGCAGCCUUGGAUUAGCUUGUCGCCUGUUCAAUGAUAUACCUGAGAGAGAUUCUGUGACUUUUAAUGCCUUGUUGACGGGGUACUCGAAAGAAGGGUUCAAUCAUGAAGCCAUAAACCUGUUUUUCAAGAUGCAGGAAUUGGGGUAUAGGCCGUCGGAGUUUACUUUUGCUGCGAUUUUAACAGCAGGUAUACAUUUGGAUGAUAUAGAAUUUGGGCAACAAGUUCAUGGUUUUGUGGUGAAGUGUAACUUUGUGUGGAAUGUGUUUGUGGCUAAUGCUUUGCUUGAUUUUUACUCGAAGCAUGGCCGGGUUGUUGAAGCAAGUAAGCUUUUUUAUGAGAUGCCAGAGGUGGAUGGUAUCUCUUACAAUGUGCUUAUCACCUGUUAUGCGUGGAGUGGAAGAGUGGAAGAAUCUCUUGAACUGUUCAGGGAAUUGCAAUUCACUGGAUUUGACAGGAGACAAUUCCCAUAUUCUACCUUGUUGAGCAUAGCUGCAAUUUCUUUAAACCUAGAUAUGGGUAGACAGAUUCAUUCCCAGACUAUUGCAACGGAUGCGAUUUCAGAGAUCCUCGUAGGUAAUUCAUUGGUUGAUAUGUAUGCUAAAUGUGGCAAAUUUCGGGAAGCAAAUAGGAUGUUUGAAGAUCUAGCUCAUCAAAGUUCUGUUCCAUGGACAGCCAUGAUAUCGGCUUAUGUUCAGAAAGGACUUCAUGAAGAUGGUCUAAAGCUAUUCAUUGAGAUGCAAAGAGCCAAAAUAAGUGCCGAUGCAGCCACUUAUGCCAGUGUCGUUAGAGCAUGUGCAAGUUUAGCAUCAUUGACACUGGGAAAGCAGUUGCACUCACAUAUAAUCGGAUCGGGAUACAUUUCAAAUGUAUUUUCUGGGAGUGCACUACUUGACAUGUAUGCAAAAUGUGGAUCCAUAAAAGAUGCCCUUCAAAUGUUUCAAGAGAUGCCUGUAAGAAAUUCAGUCUCCUGGAAUGCACUUAUUUCAGCUUAUGCACAAAAUGGAGACGGAGACCACACCCUUAGAUUGUUUGAAGAAAUGGUUCAUUCAGGUUUACAGCCAGAUUCUGUUAGUCUCCUCAGCAUUCUAUGUGCUUGCAGUCACUGUGGUCUAGUUGAAGAAGGGUUACAGUACUUCAACUCCAUGACUGAGAUUUAUAAACUUGUUCCCAGGAAAGAGCAUUAUGCAUCGAUCAUCGAUAUGUUAUGUCGCGGUGGAAGAUUUGAUGAGGCGGUGAAAUUGAUGGCUCAGAUGCCUUUUGAACCUGAUGAAAUAAUAUGGUCAUCCAUUCUCAACUCAUGUAGAAUCCAUAAAAAUCAGGAGUUGGCAAAGAAUGCAGCAGAGCAACUAUUCAAUAUGAAUGUACUUAGAGAUGCUGCUCCAUAUGUUAGCAUGUCCAAUAUCUAUGCAGAAGCUGGUGAAUGGGACAAUGUAGGAAAGGUGAAGAAGGCCAUGAGAGAAAGAGGAGUGAAAAAAGUCCCUGCUUAUAGUUGGGUUGAAAUCAAACACCAAACUCAUGUGUUCACUGCCAAUGAUAAGUCUCAUCCACAGAUGAAAGAGAUAAUGAGGAAGCUUGACGAGUUGGAAGAGAAAAUGGGUCAACAAGGGUAUAAACCAGACUCAAGUUGUGCCCUUCACAAUGUGGAUGAGGACGUGAAGAUAGAGUCUCUUAAAUAUCACAGUGAACGCAUUGCCAUUGCCUUUGCACUAAUUAGCACCCCAAAAGGGUCACCUAUAUUAGUGAUGAAAAACCUAAGAGCUUGUACUGAUUGUCAUGCAGCCAUAAAGGUGAUCUCCAAGAUCGUUGGUCGAGAAAUCACGGUUAGGGAUUCAAGUAGGUUCCAUCAUUUCAGGGAUGGGUUUUGCUCCUGUAGAGACUACUGGUAGCCUAGCUUGGUACCAUCCAUAAAGCCAUCAUUUUCCCUUGUAAAAAAAAGGUAAAACCUUGUAAUGAAUCUAGUAGUAUGAAGAACUGAGCUGAGCUAGGGAUUGAAAACUGGCAAAUAGGGGGCUUGGGCUUACUGCAGAUAUUAUUGACCACUGCACAUUGGUCCUUAAAUAUCCUUAAGGCACCAACAGCACUUGGUACCGUAACAUGACCCCAGAGUUGACAAGAGAGUAUCUUGACACUCAUCCUGGUGGCUGGUUAGAUUAUGCUCUACUAAGGAUAGAACAAUUGUAUGGAUCUCAAAACCUGACUUCUCCUGUUUGUCUGUCAAUUGAAUCCUCUGUGAGCAGAGAGGCAGGGGAGCUAUAAUAGGACUCUUUGUGAAGAGCAACUUAAUAGACUAUUACCUGCAAAAAAACCUUUCAUCCAUGGAAGUUUUGUUCUUGUGCUAUUGUUUUGAGUUCUGGGACCUUCUGAAGAUAGAAUCUGGGAAAAAAUUGAUAGUCAUAAUGCUAUUUUUCAAUACAAGGUGGGCCCUUUUAAUGAGGACUCCCGAGGUAAAAGGUGUCCAGUUUUCACCUUGGCACGAAACUUCCAUGGCAAAAGGUGUCUAGUUUCCUCCUCGACAGAAAAAGGCAUUCGAUGCACACCAGUAAUGGUAGAUCUGAACAGCAUCCCUGCUGCCUCAUACAAAUAGUAUGCUUGCAGAAGCCACCCCGGUCUGGCACUAAUGCCAAUGAGAUACCCUUUACUCUACCCGAAGUACUAGGGAGCUUGGCUAGCAAAGGAAACCACUCCACAAAUUGGCAAUAACUAUCCAAUUUAGGAGAUUUUGUUUUGGUCAAACACAUUGCUCUCAAAGAAAAUGUACAAGUUCUUCAUUGAUGAGCAUAUUGUUUUCAGAGUCACUAAGCGAAGCAGAUAAGAAUAAUAUGCUUGACCAACGGGAGACAUCAAACGCCGCAUCAAACAUAUAUCAGCAGAUAGGAAUGACAAUAUGGGAAUGAAACAAAAGGAUGCCUAUUUAUUGACAAAAAGCAACGUCAACCCAAAUCGAAAAUAAUUAUAUCACGUGACAACAGUGCACUGACUUGUGGUCGAACUCACAGGUUAAUUGAACUGUAUUUCAAAUUGUAGAAUAUAAAUGUGAAUUUUCAUGACAACAGUACAUUUAAAUUGGAACUUGCAAGUGACAUUUUCAAAGAACUUGUUAGAAAUUAUUUGAUGCAGAAAAGUUGCAACAGAGUAGUUUGGACGUCCAUUUUCUAUUGGUUAUCCAAGGAUAUUGUCACUAGGCAGGGACUUCCUUCUUUUUAGCAUUUUGCAGUGAAGUUUAUAUUUUAAUUUAAGUGAUGAUAUUAUAAAUGAUUA